AUGUCUUUCUUAGUGCAUAAGUGGCGACUCUUGAGAGACACGUGCCAGUAUGCAUGCGAUCAGGCGCAGGUUGCCAUGCUACUACACAUUUUGGAUGCCAGCACUUCUCCCUUCUUGGUUACUUGCCUGAUUGAUGGUAUGGUUCGGGCUGGGGUUGAGGUACACGACAAGUACAGCCGGUUCAUAGGUCUCCGGAAAACGCUUGAGCACGGAGCUAAUUCCAUGCCCUUGAACGAGGAUUGUCCCUUCGAAAAAAGUGCUAUUGUCACCAUGGAAAGAAUAAUGAUCAAUAACAACCAACCUGACUAUGCCGGGGUAUUUAAUGACCGUGGAGAGUUCAAAUACGGAGGCUUUGGGGAUGAAGAAUCUGAUGACCUAGAGUCUGUAAAUGGCACGGGGUAUGACGCGGACUCUGAAGACUACACAGAGUUGGAUGAUAGCGAUUGGUGA